AUAACGGAGCAAUGAUCGUAUCAUUUAUCCCCAUGAGCUGACUCUCUGGAGGUUGCUUUACCUGUCCACAGGUGCCUGAUACACUCGAAAAUACUGUAUCAACACAUCAAACAUAUGGAAAACAUUACCCAUCAGAAAAAAGAUGCCUGAUUUUGACGUUGCCUUACCUGUUUCAUUAGUCUAUAGGGCUCAAAUCCCACUUGUAGUCCCUUGUUAAGCCUUGGGGAUCUGACCCUUUGGAACCUGAACCUGCCUUUGCCUGACAGGGACCCACAAUGCUUACAAAACAAUGUGCACAAAGGGUAUUCUGUGCAUGGUAGCCAGAUUGCGUUAGCUGAGAUAACUGUCUCACGGUGGUGCCAUACCAAAAUGGACACAGCUCUGACUGAUGGUAGAGCUGACAAUGACAGCUGCACUUCUCCACCCAGUCCUGAUUUUAGUCUGGACUCAUCCAGUCCCUUUGCAAAUGGACUGCACUUUGAGUCAAUUUUGUUCGAAGAUGAGGACGAGGAUGAAGUUGUGGACACAGAGACAGUGUCUCUGUUGGAAAGCACCUUGUGCAGUUCAAGAGGAGAAGAUACAACAAAUACAAAUUUAAAGACAAAAUUAGAUAUCAAACCUUGUCCGACUAGAGGCAAAUUCUCAAAGGCUUGCGCAUCCCUGGGCCAAGAAGUCGUCUUUGAAGACAAGUCAAAAAGUGAUUGUGGCCUUUCUUCUCUUGUGAGCAGUCCUGCUGGGAUUGUUAUGCAGACAAAAAAGCAAAAAACAAAGGCUGUACCACCUGUGAAAUAUUUGGAAGGUGAAGUUAUAUGGGCCAAAUUCAACCACAGACCAUGGUGGCCAUGCCAGGUGACUGUUGACCCACUUGAGGGAGUUUACCACAGAAUUAAAGAGCCAACAGACAGGAUCAACCAUCAGUAUUUCCUCAAGACAUUUGGAGAACCUAAAGAGCAUGCAUGGGUUCCUGAGCGAUCUACUCAUAUUUUCGUUGGUGGAUAUCAGUUUAACAAUCUCCCCUUUGUCAGAGGAAGUGGACGGCAACAAAAUGAAAACAGCAGAUACCCUGUACCCAAGCGUUUUCUGAACUCAUGGAGAGCUAGUGUGGCUGAAGCAGAAGCACAUGUCCUGGAGAAGCCGAGAGUAAACACUCCCUGCUCAGAAUUAAUCCAAAACAUCUCUGAUGGAACCACAGCAGACAGUGAAAACAAUGUCUCUGUGACAAAGAAGUCUUCAGUGGAAUUCCCCAACAUUAUACCUGUGACCAAUGGAAGAGUUGCACAAAAAGACCACCUGCACAACUUCCCACAUAACCAAAGGUCUAAAAACACUAAAAGGCAAAGAAAGUCAUCAUCCACACAAUUCAGAAAAGUUAAAGAUUUCAGUUGUGAGAAGGAUAAGUUUGUGGAAGCUUUGGACAGUCCCUACUCUGACAUUGAUUCAGUACCUCAGAUUCGCAGAUGUCCCAAAAGUAGUGAGCGAAUAUCAAAGCAGUGUGUUAUUGAUAAACUGUCAAAAUCAACCACAAGCCAACUUACUGUUACAAAUGAUACAGAAGUAAAGAAGAACAUUGAGAAUCAGGGUGGCCUUUGGUUCAGCAAAGCAGGGAAAGGUCAAGUAAAUGGAGGACUUAGUCGUGCAGGAAUUAAAUCGGUUAAUUGUUCCUUUGGAAAGGUAUCUUGCAAAAUUAAGAUGCCAGAUUCAGCAUGCAUGAAAUCCAAAGACAAUCACAUCACAGAACUCAAACAUUUGUCUGUUGAAGCCAAAAAGGCUCUUGAUAGGAGAGUGAAGUGCCUUCCUGCAAGUAGUCGUCUGAUGACAAGAGCGUUGAAGGCAAUGGAGGAGGCAGAACACAUGAAGAAUCAACUCUCAAACCAGUUUCAAGAGUCGACUUCAAAUGUUGAAGCAGAGAAUUCCUCUCAUUUUUCAUUACCUGAUAAAACAGGUGUUGAUAACCACUUCUCUUCACAUAAGAAAGCAACUACAGCAAGCCAUGAUCGGAAAAUGGACUCAGAGCUGUCCUCUGAUUGUCCAUGUUUUGAAGAUGAUGUAGUGAAAUCUGAGGAUGAAACAUCUUUGAUAUCUCCAGCACCUGUUGUCUUUCAUUCAUCCAAGUGCAAACAAGAGAGCCAUGUUUCUGAUUUGUCUUAUAGCUCUACUCCAUCUCCUUUGCAGUUAAGCAUAGAAGAUGUUGAGAACUUGCAAGAAAUAACCUUCAAGUCUUUAUCAAACAAACAUAGUGGCAAGCCUCUGUCUUUUCUGCCUGACCCAAACUAUAAGUUUAGCACAUUCUUAAUGCUGCUCAAGGAUAUGCAUGAUAGCCGUGAAAAAGAUGGAGCACCAUUGGUAAUUGAACCUUUGCCUGUAGAUGAACUAAUUAAAGAGGAGCCAUUACAGAUUCUGGCAAAGGGCAUAAAGGAUGAGUUGACCCAAACAAACAUGGUAGUUUCACAAAAAUGUAAACCUGGCAAAAUGUCUGGCUUCAAAUACAAACAGAAGAAGAUCAAGCUAAAGUCUGGGCCAAACAAGACAAUUGAAAUCCCACAGAGUGACACAAACAACAGCAGUGUUAUCCCUGAAAAACAGCUAACUUCUAUCAUUUCGAAGUAUGCUCCAAGGUCUAGCAAAAAUAUUCAACCUUUGGAAAAUAGAAAGAAACUUUGUAUCAGCACGGCACCCUGUGAGAUCUCAGAGCAUGUCCAUUCCAAAUAUUCAUUGGACAUACUGAUACCAGAGCACAAACUGGCUUUAGAGGAACCAGGGACCAAGUUUUCUGUCAGUGUGCCCAAAAAGCGUUGGCAGAAGUUUGAUCAAGUCAUUGACAAUGUGUUACAUAUAGACAUAGGCAAUGGUGAACAAGAAGCAGAACGACUACCUGAGUUACCCUCUGAAAAUUGUCACGUCUUGGUGGGUGGCACAAACAAGUCAAGUUCUUUUGCGCCUGGGAAGGAAGUGAAUACAAACGCACCAGAAAUUGUUCCAGGCAACUGUCCAUUAAAUUACAUCCCUACUGGUAUAGAAUGCAAACGUAUAAGAAAACCUAGCAAAAGACUCAUAGAAUGGACAGAGGAAUACGAUCAAUUGUUUUCCACUAAGAAGAGAGCAAAAAAGAAACCUGAGUCAUUUUCGAAGGUUGAAAAACACAACUGCAGUGGCCCAUUGGAGAAAACAUCUGGUGAAAGUAUACAGGAACCUCAGGUAAUGGAACAAGGUGUGUCGAAAUCACUGUCAGAAGUACAGACUCCUCCUCCAGAAGAGAUGUCUAGGAGUACUUCUUCGAUAAAUACCACUCCAUGUCAAGAGAGUCAAGUUUUGUCUGUAGACACGCUAACUCCGCCACCUGAAACUGUCCCAUCUCCGUGUAGGGACAUUUCUCAAAAAGAGCAGUUUCAAACCCAAAAUGGUAUAGCAGCUGGUGAUGGUGUGUGUCUAAGCACAAAGAGACAAAGGAAGCCCACCAAAAAGAUUCUUGAAAGUUCCAUUGAAGCUGAACCAAUUCUCAUGCCUAAAAGGAAGGUGAAGUCACAGAAGACAUCUGGACAUGCUGCUAGUUCAGGGAUGGGUCAACAAUCAUCAAAAUGUAAGAUUAAGAUAUCUUCUAAUGCCAUCAACACAGCAACUGCCCCAAUCUUAAAAAGCACAGAGAAGGAGACAGAAAUGGCCCCUACUGUUCCUCAGCCAGUUAACCCAGAACCUGAGAUUGUUUCAGAUGCUCUGGACUCAGAGAUGUUUGUACCUAGUUCUGACUUAUGUUCUGUGAAAGAAGACAAUUCACAGUCUGAUGAAGGACAUUUGGCUAAUAAGAAGUUCUCGGGGGAGAAAGGGGGCUGCACCUUAUUCAAGGAGAAUGUGUGUCAGGUGUGUGAGAAGCAGGGAGAUUUGCUUCUAUGUGAGGGACAGUGCUGUGGGACAUUUCACCCACAAUGCAUAGGACUGAAAGAGUCUCCCAUAGGACAGUUUUUAUGUCAGGAGUGCACAUCUGGUGUACACUCAUGCUUUACUUGUAAGGGCCUGAGUGACGAUGUUAGGCGUUGUAUGCUUCCUGAAUGUGGGAAGUUCUACCAUGGAGAGUGUGUUGCCAGCCAUGCGCCCACAGUGCCUCUGAACCUGGCCUUUCGUUGUCCCCUCCAUGUCUGUCUGGCGUGUUUCAUCACAAACCCAGCCAAUCCGGCCAUAUCUAAAGGCCAGCUAACUCACUGUGUCAGAUGCCCUGUGGCAUAUCAUGCCAAUGACGACUGUAUACCUGCUGGUACUGUCACACUGACCGACAGCAUUAUAGUGUGUCCCAAUCACUUCACACCACGCAAAGGCUGCCGCAACCAUGAACACGUCAACGUCAGCUGGUGCUUUGUCUGCUCAGAAGGAGGUAGUCUGCUGUGUUGUGAAUCAUGUCCUGCAGCAUUCCACCGAGAGUGUCUGAGUAUUGACAUGCCAGAAGGCAGCUGGUACUGCAACGACUGUCGUGCUGGAAGAAAACCGCACUACAAGGAGGUAGUGUGGGUUAAAGUGGGCCGCUACAGAUGGUGGCCAGCAGAGGUCAGCCAUCCCAAAAACAUCCCAGAGAAUAUCUUACGCAUAAGACACGAUAUCGGAGAGUUCCCGGUUCUUUUCUUUGGCUCUAAUGACUAUCUGUGGACCUACCAAGCCCGUGUUUUCCCUUACAUGGAAGGUGACGCCAACAGUAAAGAAAAAAUGGGAAAGGGAAUUGACUCUACCUAUAAGAAAGCUUUGGAAGAAGCUGCCAAAAGGUUUAAAGAACUGCAGGCCGAGAAAGAACUAAGACAACUCCAGGAGGACAGAAGAAAUCACAAGAAACCUCCACCUUACAAACACAUCAAGGUGAACAAACCAAUCGGCAAAGUGCAGAUCAUCUCGGCAGACCUUUCGGAGAUUCCUCGCUGUAACUGCAAAGCAACGGAUGAGAACCCUUGCGGUAUGGACUCGGAGUGCAUCAACCGUAUGCUGCUGUAUGAGUGUCACCCACAGGUGUGUCCUGCAGGUGAGCGCUGCCAGAACCAGUGCUUCACCAAACGUCAGUACUGCCAGGUGGAGAUCUUUAGGACACUGUCUCGAGGCUGGGGGCUGCGCUGUGUGCAUGACAUCAAAAAGGGGGAUUUUGUUAACGAGUAUGUUGGAGAGAUGAUUGACGAGGAGGAAUGCCGUGCCCGGAUUAAGCAUGCUCAAGAGAACGACAUUGGCAAUUUCUACAUGCUUACACUGGACAAGGAUCGAAUUAUUGAUGCCGGACCCAAGGGAAAUGAAGCCCGUUUCAUGAACCACAGUUGCCAGCCGAAUUGCGAGACCCAAAAAUGGACAGUCAACGGUGACACACGUGUUGGGCUUUUUUCACUUACAGAUAUCCCUGCUGGCACAGAGUUAACAUUCAACUAUAAUCUUGAGUGUCUGGGUAAUGGGAAGACGGUGUGCAAGUGCGGUGCAUCUAAUUGCAGUGGAUUCCUGGGAGUGAGGCCCAAAAAUAACCCCCCAUCAGAUGAGAAGGGCCGUAAACUAAAGAAGAAGUCUCAGAUGAAGCGCAAAUCCCAGCAGGAAGUGGUCAAGGAGCGUGAGGAUGAGUGUUUUAGCUGUGGAGAUGGAGGACAGAUUGUGACUUGCAAGAGGCCAGGCUGUCCGAAGGUUUACCACGCAGACUGCCUCAAUCUCACCAAGAGACCCGCAGGCCGUUGGGAGUGUCCCUGGCAUCAGUGUGACUUGUGUGGCAAGGAGGCGGCUUCCUUCUGCGAGAUGUGCCCUAGCUCCUACUGCGUAGAACAUCGGGACGGCAUGCUCUUCAUAUCCAAACUGGAUGGGCGCUUGUCAUGCAGCGAGCACGACCCCUGUGGCCCUGAGCCCCUGGAGCCUGGCGAGAUCCGGGAAUAUGCGUCGGAACACACCACCACGUACCCUAUCAACCUUAUCAGUGUGGCCAACCCUAAAUCCACACCUCUAAACACUAUAUCUAUCCCAGAGUCUGUCUCACACCCUGAAGUAGCUCCUCAGAUCUCCUUUGACCCCUCCAGCAGCCCUCCAAUGUUUAACAUAUCUCUGAACUGUGCAUAUUCACCCAUUUCUCCCUAUGGAGAAGAACAUGAAGAAGAGGAGGAGGAUUUGAUGGAAUUAGAAAGGGAUUGUAAGGGCAAGAAGAACAUACCUGAUGGAAAUCUGGAACAAUUUCAGAUGAGGGUUUAAUCUAUUAAGUAUUGAAGCUAGCUGGCUUGGGGUUUCUUCGGAUUAUCAAACUAUGUUAUAGCCAUGCUCUUGUUGUCUGGCCACCUGGUGGAAACAGUAAAAGCUAUUAGAUGCCUUGUUCUGAAAUUCUGCACUUUGAGGUCCAUUAGUAAAUUUAGUUGAAGAUAAUCUCUUAUGAGAUUAAAUGAGACUGGAAAUUUGGAAGAUCAUUGAUUUUAAUAACUGUAUUUCCGUGCAGCACAGGUACAAUUCAGAAACUUUGAUUGGACAGUAUCCACAUCCAAGACCAUCUUCAUCACCAGUUUAAAACAUGGGAUUGCGCCCAGCAUUGUGUCUUCAGGAAUUAUUUAUUUGCAGACAACUGGCAUUGCACACACACGUACAAGACUAGUGAAAUACUCUGAACAUCACAAACAAAAAAUGAAGAGGAGUAUUGUUGUGAAGUUUAUGUGGAAAGAGAAUAUUAAACAAAACACGUUUGUGCUGUACAUUUGCUCUGUGAGCAGAUGUUACACACCUUAAUAAGGUAAGUAGAGUCAAUUUUGCUUGUCAAUAAGUGGUUCAGCUCCAUUAAAGGAAUAGUUCACCCUUUUAUUCACCCUCAUGCCAUCCCAGAUGUGUAUGUCUUUCUUUCUUCUGCUGAACACAAACAAAGAAUGUCUCAGCUCUGUUGGUCCAUACAACGCAAGUGAAUGGUGGCCAGAACUUUGAAGCUCAAGAAAACACAUAAAGGGAUUAUAAAAGUAAUCCAUACGUCUCCAGUGGUUAAACCUCAAUCUUCAGAAGAUCUGAAAAACAGAUCAAGUCCUUUUUUAUUAUAAAUUCUCCUCCCUGACCAGUAGGUGGCGAUAUGCACGAAGAAUGCAAAAACAAUAGAAGAUUCUGAAAGUAGAGAUUGAUAGGAAAAAAGGACUUAAUUAUUGUUCUGUUUCUCACCCACACCUUUCAUCUCACUUCUGAAGACAUGGAUUUAACUACUGGAAUCCUAUGGAUUACUUUUAUGCUGCCUUUAUGUGCUUUUUGAGCUUCAAAGUUCUUGCAUUGUAUUGACCAACAGAACUGAAAUAUUCUUCUAAAAAUCUUUGUUUGUGUUCUGCAGAUGAAAAAAAAGUCAUGCACAUGUGGGAUGGAAUGAGGGUGAGUAAAUGAUGAGAGCAUUUUCAUUUUUGGGAGAACUAUUUCUUUAAGAGUCCAGUCAAUUUUGAUAGGAAUUGAUAAAAUGAUACGAUAUGUUUUGAUUUACCACAUCCUCUAAAGACACAUAAUCCUAUUUGAAAAUUCUUUGACAUCCAAAUAUUCAACAUCUUUUCAGAUCGAACUCCAUUAUGCCUUGAAUCUUCAACGUUAGAUCUGCUAAAGUCAGUUAUUGAAUAAUGUCAUCAUUAAUGGAUUGGGCAGAUAGGCAAAAGGAUUAAACCCAUUUGUUUUAUACUGGGGGUUUUUAUACAUCAAAGCUAUAAAGGAGAAUGUGACAUUGCGAGCCGCUUUACAAGCACUCCAAGUCAAGUAUUUGGCUUCAAAUCUGGCAAUAUCCUUAAGAGCUGAUAUUGUGAAUGUUGUUCAACAUAAAAUGUGAACUGAGACUGCAACUAUUAUAGAUGUAAAACACUAAUAUUUGCAAAUGGACUAGUCGUCUGUAAAGUUAAUUUAUAUGACAAAUGAUGUGGGCUUGUUGCUUAUCUGCAUGUUAACACUCCUGAAUUUGCUCUUCUGUUUUUUCCUGACCUCUCCAAUCUAACAGGCCGACGUGUUCUAAAUGUUGCACAGCAUUUCAACUUUUUUACUGUGUUCAUGUAUGUUAUUGCACUUGAUGGUUUAACGCUGCUCUAAGAAUCAUUCCAUUUUAGGGUAUUCACAGAAUAUCAGGCAAAAAGGCAAAUAUCUGCUGCCAUGAUUGAGAUUUUAAGUGUGCUGUAGUGCUUUGUACAGAAUAAACAACAGUACAAAAUGUUUGUGCUUUUUGCCUCGGGAAAAAUUAUUACUGUUUGACUAUUAAUUAUUAGGUAACACUUUAUAAUGAGGUUCUGUUUGUUAACAUUUAAUGCAUUCGGUAUCAUAAAAAAACAAUGAACAACAUGCUUUUACAGCAUUUAUUUAUCUUUGUCAAUGUUCAUUGUUAAUUUAUGUUAGUUCAUGAUGCAUUCACUAAUGGUAACAUACAGUAUAGAACUUAUGUUAAAAAUGUAUUAGUAUAUCAUAAACAUUAACCAAGAUUAAUAAGUGCUGUAAAAGUAUUGUUAAUUGUUAGUUCAUGUUAUCUAAUGUAGUAAACAAAUGUUUAUGAAUACAACCUUACUGUAAAUUGUUGCCUCAAUGACUAUUAUUUAAUUAUUUAUUAACAAGUUA